GCUCAGUAACAUCCAUGGCAAUUGGAUAUGUCCGAAUAAACUGGGACCUUUCCGGUGAACUGGCUUUGGGGAUUUUCUCUGCAAUGGACGCUGGUUCUCUCUUCCUCAUGCACUUCUCUGACAACAUCUGGGCCUGUUACGCAGGUUACCUCGCGUUCAAAGCCUGCUAUAUGCUCCUCAUAACAAUAGCCACGUUCCAGAUCGCCAUCACCCUGAGCAUGGAGCGCUACGCUCUGAUGUUUGGCUUCAACAACUUCAUUGCUCUGGUGAUCCAGACCAUUCUGACUGUUGUGGUGGUAGAUUCAAAAGGUCUGGGACUGGACAUCAGCACCCAGUUUCUCAUUUAUGGCAGCUACUUUGCAUUGAUAGCUGGAAUUUUCCUGGUCAGAAGCACAUACACCAUUAUCUCCACCAAAUGCAGAAGGACCAGUGGGGCUGGUGAAAGUGCUGGUCAUGGACACUGGGGACCAGCAACGGCUGCGAGCAGCAGCACAGCAGCUGUGCCACGUGAGCACUGA